UUGGCUCAAGCCUUAGGGCCUUAGGGCGUGACACAGACCUGGUGGCAAGUGCCGGAGCCAGGCUGGCAGGCCUGCUCCAGGCCUCAUGUGCGAGAUGCGAGAAGUCACCGCAGAAGACCUUCUCAAGUCCUCGAAGGAGGUUGCGGACAAGGUCGAGCCGUGGGAGUCCGGCAGUUUCACAUUCGUGAAGAAGCUGGAAGACGCGGCGCGCAACCACGGGAGGGUUGACAUGAUGAGCGGGACACGGUACCAGGCUGCUGUGGCUGUAAAGAAGAUGCCCAACAGCUGGGUGGCAAGCGGGCCGGACGAGUUCGCGAAGAAACAUCCCUCGGAGUGCGAGUGCCCGUGGCGCAACAUCGGGCUGAUGGCCGAGCUGAAGAAGAAGGGCUUCCACGCGACGUGCCAGCUGCUUGACGUUUUCCGGGAUGAGCACUACACCUAUGCAGUCAGUGAGAUGGCGACAGGAGGCGACCUAUUUUCCUGGUGCUUGAGUCGGCAAGACCCAACACCCGAGCGGGAGGCAGAGAUGCUUCCUCUGAUCGCCCAGACAUUCUCGGCAGUGGAGUGGUUGCAUGCGCUAGGGAUUGCGCAUCGCGACUUGUCACUGGAGAACAUUUUGCUUACAGGCGCGGCCCAGAGCGUGAAGAUCAUUGACUUUGGCAUGGUCUACUUGGGAAGGACGUGUCCCCCAGCUUCCACACUGGGCCCAGGCAAGCCUUCGUAUCAGGCGCCUGAGCUUCACAACAAGAGGGAAUAUGAUGGCUUCCUUGCGGAUGCCUUCUCACUGGGCGUGGUGGUCUAUGCCAUGGCUCUGGGGAACUACCCGUGGCAGUCCACUAAGCCUGGAAGGUCGCGGAUUUUUGACUGGGUGUUCUGCCAUGGCAUCACCACCUUCCUGCAGAGGCGCGAAAUUGCCAGCUUCUUCUCUCCGGAGCUUCUGGAAGUAAUGACUGCCCUGCUGCAACCACGGCCAGCAGAUCGACUUGGGCUUGCAAAGGCCCCAGGUGGUGAGGAGCGUACCAUUUGGGAUUGCAGGUGGCUCGCUACGGCGACCGCGCAAGGCAAAUGGCGGAAUUUCUCCAGCACAUCAGUUAGCACAAUGGCAUCAGAGUCAGAGUCGUCAGAUGCUGAAGAGGCUCGCACAGGUCACGCAGCGUCUGCAGAAAACUAUGCCGCAAAGCUUGCAGGCUUGGCUUGCGCUUGUUGACGCCGGCGCCCUUCGCUUCGGAAAGGUGCUGGCGGGUGCAACACGGAGCAACUUCCGUGGGCUUUUGUCGAGCCAGCCUUGCCUUUUGGCCUGCGCACGUGCAGCUCGUCGCAAUUCAGGGUGCGCUGCUUUACAUGAGCCGUGGUCAACGCGCGCCCCUUUGCUUGGGAUUGGCAGCGGUGGAAAGCGUCCUUGCAAAUCGUCUACUGAGCUGAAUAGUGACGGCGCGGCACCCACCACCCCUUUCCUAAUUUGGAAUUGCUGGUCAGGCAGAGGGGAU